ACUGCAGAACCUGGUCAGUCUGGGUAGAGGUAGUUAGCAAGUAAGCUAUGGCAUUUCCCAGUGAUAUCACCGGUGGUGUCUUCCCUCGAAAUUCUCUUGUAUCCAGGAGACACUAGAAUGUUCUGUGAUGUCACCAGUGUUGUGGUGACACCAACUGCCUGAGCGAUUUCCCUUCAUUUCCUAAUGGGAUCCCGAGGAGGCAUGUUCUCCAGGAUCCUCAGUCUCUUUCGGAGGGACAAUCAUAUCUAUGCAGAGACAAGACCAAGGCAGAGGGAGGCCAGCCUUUUAUCACGUUGGAGAACAAGACGAAUGGAAAGGUCCUUGAGGAGGUCAAAGUCUGAUCAGAAAGCAUCAUCCCAACCCUCCACGACACCUGUUGAGGAGGAGAGAAUGAAGCGUUUGGAGAACCUCAAAUUUGCUCUCCACAAGGUGCAGAAGGAGAGAGAUGAACUCAGGAGAAUCCUGGCCGAUUACCCUGGAAAGAAUUUAAAUCACAGGAACAAGUUUGAGUCCGAGAUGCUCAUGAUGCAGCACGAGGAAGUGAUGACCGACAUGAAGAAAAUGAGCGAGCAGAUCAAUACCGCUUUGGUCAAAUGUAAAAACCUUACACUGGAAAAUGACUGGUACUGCCGCAGCUUCUGCCCCCUCCUAACUGAGUGUUUUGAGCUGAAGAACAAUGCCCAGAGAGCAUGGAAUGAGUACAAAGGGCUUCUAAGGGAUCAGAUUGCACUGGAAGAAUCCAUUAAGGAAACAACAAGGUUCUGUGGGGAAGCCAGUAUGAAAAUCCGUGUAACAAGCAGCCUCAGGUCUGAACACUGCAGCAGACGCUUGUCCAUGGCCCAGAGCAGGACUACAGCUCUCAGAGACAGACCUGUCCACCAGGAGCACUGAGGGUGCAAAGAUUGAUAACACCUCCCGCAUCUCAGUCCUUGUAACCGUUCCAAUCUUGGGCUGAAUUUGAAAGACCUUGAGAUGUGGCAUGGAACACGCCUCACAUUUAACCCUUUGACGACUUGUCCAUCAACAACCAACCACCCUGAAUGAGGCGUCUACAUUCCUCUUGAAGAGAUUUUACCAUCUUACCUGCCGUUCUCUGUGUUUGCAAGGCCAGCAACAGGCUGGAGUUAUAUGUUGAAAAAUCAGCAUGAAUUGAAUGCUGACUAAUUUACUUGUUCUAUUUGGUUUUUAGUUUGAAGUUUGGUUGUUUUAUGCAUUUGGUUUUAUUUGUUUAAGUUUGAAGUUUUGUUAUUCAUUUGUUAACUUUAGUGUACUUAAUUAAUAUUAAUUAAUUAAUAUUCCUAAGGCUAUAUACAUUGAACUCAUUGACUCCCCAAUUUAAA